CGGCUUGGGCGGUUUAGUGCGAGAAGAUCGAGAAGCGCUCGGACGCGCCGUACGCGCGGCUUCCAGAAGAACUCAUUAAAGGCUCGAGAGGAUGCCGCGAAGUUAAAUCCGUCCCCGUCUCCCAACGAAAAAGAAACUCUAAAGAUUCCCCGAUUCUAUUAUUGAAUCCUCCCAGCGCUCGGUUUUCCUUGAUCGUGGAUCCGCCGGCGAUCUGAUUCGAGUUCCGGCUUGGGGAAAACUGGAGUAGAUGGCCCAUGGCGGCUAUGCGAGGCGUCGGGUCGAGGAGCGGCGACCCCUCAGCCGGCGAUCGAAGGGGAUAGGGUUUGAUAAGAAGAGGAAGAAGCACAAAUCCGUCUCCCUCAAGAAUCAGAUCCGAUCCGCCGAGCGGUUGCUCCGCAAGGACCUGCCAGCUGAAAUCAGGCAGGCUCAGGAAAAGAAAUUGGAAGAACUUAAGAAGCAUCAGGAGAUCCAAAGUCGACUAAGUAUAGAACGCAAAAUACAAUUGAGAGACCGAAAGAUAAAAUUUUUUGCAUGGUAUUUGCUCAAAUUAGAGAGGCGAAAGAUUGAGAGGAUGAUAAGGCGGCUUGAGAAACAACAACGUACUUCAUCUGAUCAUACGUCGGAGGGGAAAAUUUCUGAUCAGCUUUCCAAAUUAAGAGAAGAUCUUGAAUAUGUCAGGUUCUUUCCUAAGACUGAGAAAUAUGUGUCUUUGUUUGUUGGUGGAGAUAAUCCUGAUAUUGUUGAUAAGAGAAAUAGGUUGCGUAAACAGAUUAAAGCCAAUCUCAUGGCUGCCGCAGCUAGUGGAAAAGAAUUAGAAGAAACAGCAAGUGAUGAUGAUGCUUUAGAUGUGAGUGAAGAUGAUUUCUUCUUGUCUGGAAGUUCAAGUGAUGAAGCAGAGGCAGAUGAUGAAUGGACUGAUAAAAGUACUAGAGAACCAGCUUCAAGUGCUUCUGGCAAAGCAGCAUCUGGCAUGUCCAGUGAUGAAAAAAAUCAGAGGCAAAUAUCAGCUCGAGUUCUCAUGCCACCUCCUCGCUUCUUGCCUCCAAGCAGAAGCCAUUCUGUAGAGAAGGUUGAUCUGUCGACAUCCAGCAACACAUCAAAUAGCAGUCGUGGCCCUUCCUCUAAAAACUGGAGACCUGUAAAUGCGCAUGGAGAUCCUAACAGCAACCUGAGCUCAAAUUCUGAUGCUCGAAAACCUCGCCGGAAAAGAAGACCAAAGAAGAAAAAGCAGGCAUGAGUAACGGCAGCCAUGAAAGGGAAUUGGACCUGAUGGGUCUAUGACAUACAUGCAUCUACACUGUUGAACUCUAACAAAUGGAUCUUGCUGUUUAUGUGCAAGGAUUUAAUCUAUAUCAACUGAAGGGAUAUGUUUCUCCAUAUAGUAUAUUUUGGGUUUUUUUUGCCCUUAUGUUUUAGUUUUCCCAUUUCUACUCCUGUCUUGUCGUGGGUUAUCUAUUUCCAAAUCAAGCUUGGUGACCACCCUAAUUGCUCCUGCCUUGUACUUGAGUUUUGAGUGUUAACUUUGAUGGUCUUCCAUUAACUUUAUCCCCUUUCUCAUUGAGUUUUAGUUUCCUCAAAUUAUCGAUUUUGAUUGGUCAA